UUCCAUAUAGGGCUGCAUUGAGUCGAUGACGGAGCCCUUGUUUCGUGAUUGUCUCUUUUCCCGAUUGGUGGUUCCUCGAGUGCGAUAGAGGCGGAGAGAAAAAAGGAAGAUGGCGGAGACGGCGGCGAUGAGCGCUGGGGCAGAGGGUGGAGACGGCGUGCCCCAUCAGUUGCAGAGGAAGUGGACGUUCUGGUUCGAUAACCUAUCUAAGUCCAAGCAGGGCGCAGCCUGGGGAUCCUCACUUCGCCAGGUCUACACUUUUGACACCGUCGAGGAGUUCUGGUGCCUGCAUGAUCAAAUAUUUCGCCCCAGCAAAUUGCUUGCUAAUGCUGACUUCCACUGUUUCAAGACUGGGAUAGAACCCAAAUGGGAAGACCCUGAAUGCGCAAAUGGUGGAAAAUGGUCUUUUGUAUGUACUAGCAAGGCCUCUCUUGACAACACGUGGCUGGAGACGUUGAUGGCUUUGAUUGGAGAGCAAUUUGAUGAAAGUGAGGAAAUAUGUGGGGUUGUUGCUAGUGUGCGCCAAAGGCAGGACAAGCUUGCAUUGUGGACUAAGGCUGCAAACAAUGAAGCUGUUCAGAUGAGUAUCGGAAGGAAGUGGAAAGAAAUCAUCGACUUUAAUGAUAAGAUUGCCUACAGCUUCCACGAUGACUCCAAAAGGGACAAGUCAAGCAGAGGCGGUCGUUACAAUGUCUAAACAAUGUCAGGUAGCGAUGAAGUCUAUCACUAGUUGAUUAUUUGAACGUUUUGUACUCAAACACUUCGAAAGCUCCCCAGUUUUUGUCUUUCAAAAUUUGCUCAAUGACUAUUCCUGUUAAUUUGAUACUUUACUAUGAGUUUGUCAA